AUGGUUUCGCCUAGAAAGAUACUCUUACUACUCACACUCUACUCCAUAAUAGCCAUAAAAUCUUCGCAAGGAAUAUGUUCAUGGAUAAAAACUCCAUUCGUGUGGAUUGGUUACAUUGGUUCAUCCCCGGUUUAUCUCGGCAAAAAAUGUACGGGACACAGUAACGCAGCUACAAAUGAUGAUAUACAAAAAGAGAAAUACAUAUUCCUUGAUGUAUUUAGUAAUAAGCAUCACCCUUCUAUCAUCGAAACUUUACUUGAAGAUGAUCCUUCUGACAAUAGAACCCAAAUAAAACAGUAUAAGGUCGAUCCAACUAUUUCAAAUAAUUCUAAGAAGUAUUUGACCAUUGGUUGUGUUAAGUUUUGGUGGAAGAACCUGCAGUGUUCUGGUUUUAACUAUCACGAGCGUAUCGUAACAACGUACACAGAUGCUAAUAAAAAGUUUUGUAUUAGGAUUGAAUCAUUCGACUCUAAAGGUGCUUGUGUUAAAAGAAGGAUUUAUAGACAGCGUCUCGGUGCAUGGUGGUUUGAAAAAAUCUCAGAUUUUUCGCUUUCACGUCUUGGUAUGUUAACUACGCAGGGCAUGAAUAUAUUUUCAUCCACUCCUAAAGAGAGCCUAGAUUUGAUUGAAGACAAGGUACCAAGUUUCAUGAGAUCCACUGCGUUUAAUGGUGGUAUUUUUUACUACAAUGAUCCAAAGGGACAAAAUGCUGAUAAAAUUGAUGGAAUUGUUUUUAGGAACACUCCUGAAACGGUCAAGGACAAAGUCAAAGAAGUUUAUGUUUGGCAUUUUUUUAGCCCCGGAAAAGGAGGAAAAAACGAAAAAGCUAAAAAAAAUACAUCCUUGGUUGUAAUAUAUGAGUACGUUGACAAUAAAGAAUAUUAUACUUACUACAAGUGUAUAUCAAACGAACAGCACCAGUAUAACAUUGUGGACUCUUUAUCAUCAUCUUCUUCUAUGAUAAAAUUAUCUAGAGAUCAAAAUACUACCCAUAAUAGGAAGCGAAACCUCAUUUUCUGGGAUUACGAUAUUAAGAAAAACUUUCCCAGUGAAAUAGAUAACAUGACCAUUUAUGCUUAUCAAGAAUCUAACCACUUCACUAUACGACCAUCGGAUCUAAACACUACCACUAUUAUUCGUUCUAUCAAGGUUACAGAUUUAGGAUCAUUUGAAUUUUCUUGUAAUACCGAAUUGUUGACAUUUUUAACUUUUCAUAGACAACGAAAUAAAAAAAUGGAAUUUGGUAUGAUAUCUUUAAAUCAUAAUAAUAUUUCAAUAACAUCUAUACCACUUAAGACAAAGGCAAAUGAAGUAAGAAAGGCUUACACAUACGAACUUCACACUUUCGCAUUAGUAUCAUCAAUGACACUAGCACAUUAUUUGAAUCGGUCUGCUUUGGGUGUAGAUAUAGUUGGGGAUAAAUACACGAUUACUAUAGACAAUGAAUGUGAAGAUCUCAUCGUGGCUAAGUUGGAUGAUAAUACAACAUUUUAUGGUGAUAAUUUUAUUUCUUACAAGACUUUAGAUAAAGUAAUUUGGGAAGGCGUAUCAGCGGAGAUAAACACAAAUAUAUGCUCUCAAUUGUUACAUUGCGAUGUUAAUGGAUCAGAAUCUUUAAUAUUAUUACAAUCACAAAAGGAGCUUAUCGUAUACAAGAAAGAUAACGGUAAAUUGGUAGAGCAAGCUCAUGAGGAUAGGGUUAAGAUUUUGAAUGAGGCAAAACUUUCUAACUUGUUGGACAAAAAUGAAGACCAUAAUUGGCAUAAUAUAGUGUUAAAUUUAGAUGACUACGCAAUUCCUGACGGAGUGGAUACACUAAUUCCAUCAUCUGAUUGUAUAACUUAUACAACAUCUUAUGGAAAAAGGAUUAGCAAAGUUGAGUGGAAAAAUUCAGUUAUAGAGAUCUCUGAAGGGUGGGCUCAAGUCUCUAGAAUAACACAUGGAAUUUACAGCUUCCUCUUGGUUGAUCUUGUGAAAGACGUAGAUGUUGUUAGGCAGUUUUAUGAAGUUCGCAGUGAUGACAAGCUAUAUCUUAUUUCUGAUACAAAAUUUUCAACUAAAGAUUUUCUUAUAGAUGCCAUUAAAGACAAGAUAGAGAAAUCAAUUAUGGAGUUGAUUCCUGUUACUCUUGGAGUUAAUGUUAAUUUUAAUGAUCCUAGAUCGCGUGUUCUCUCCCACUCUAUGGGCAAUCAGAAAAUUAUGUACUCUGACCCAGAAAGUAAGAUGUCAGUUGGCUACCUUAAAGUUCAAGAUAAGGAAUUUAGCUUGGAAUCAAGACAUAGAUGGAGACAGGUUUUUAAAUACGGUAGAGCUGACGGAACUGCGCCACAAAUUUAUCGCAUAUUUACAUUGACGGAUGAUGGUGUUAGGGAGGAUCAUUACGCAGAUAACAAGCUAACGACCACAAACAUUCCUUUUAAUAAUUCUGAUGAAUCAUUGAAAGAUACAGUUCCAUUACUGGUUGAUAGCAUAACACUAUCAGGAGCAAGCAGAACCGAGUCUAAACUCGGUGGCAAACUGAUAGUAACAUAUAAACAAAAGGAUAAGGUGUUAAAUCCUAUAGUAUUUGGAAAGCAUGAGAUUAAGUUAUUGAGUAAUCCUACAAGUGUAACAGUGACUACGUCAUACAAUGAAGAAGAGUUGCGAUCUAUAACCAUAGAAAUCGCAAUAGGAAAAGAAAAAGAGACGUUAAAUUUUACACAGGAAUCUAUUAAUUCUGAAAUUUACAAAUUGACAAAGGGAAAAGACAAUAUUUAUAAGGAUUUGAAUAUUGGUUCAUUGACCUUAGACAAAGAGGUCCACAUCUCUGAUACCAUUGACUUCAGUAAACAAGAAUAUCCAAGUGACUUAAGGUAUUUGACUUUAGGGAAGGAACUUGUUUAUUUCACCGGUAUCACUAGGGGUACCAAAACGACUGUGAAGUUUGGCGACGAAACUUGCACAAUAGAUUCUAAGGGGAUCAGGUAUCAUAUAUGGGUAGAAUUUCCAUAUGAUGAUGUAAAGAUUGCAAAGCUUUUCUUGACAUAUGAAAAAGGGAACAACUUGAUAGAAGAAUUCCGUUGCCUGGAAGCCGAGGAUAAAUCCAUGGAGCUUAAAAGGCCAAAUAGCAGCUUCAAUUGGGGGAUUCUGACAAAUAUUGAGGCUACUAUAGUUAAUCGCAAUUUUUUAGGAAUGGCUGUUCACAAGGAAGACAUGUUUCCCAUUGAUCUAUCACUACCACUGAAACAAGGGGAAACGAGGGUAUUAAGCUUGAAACUGGAUGACAAUACAGACGUAUACACAGUUCCAGCACACAGAAACUACGUUAUAAACGAUGUAAAAUAUAAAAAUGCAGUUAUUAAGGGUACUGAAAAGCAGCUCGUAAAAUAUGUGUACCACUCGAAGGCAAAUAAUCAGGACAUCAUUCUAAUUGUGACCAGAACAAUAUCUAGGCUGUUUAUAAACGCUUACUUAUUCGGAUUAAACGGUCAUUUCGAACUGGUAGACAUUAACAAAAUAAACAAUGCCCAUUCCGCGCUAAAAAGAUUCAAGACCAAGAAAUCCUAGCGCAUAUCGCACUAAUUUAUAAAAUUUAU